AUGUGGAGCCCGUGUGCGGGGAAGGCGAAGCUCCUUGCCUUGGCGCCUGGGGACGCGUCUCAGAGGGACACUGUCCGCGACUCCAGCGCCAGACGCCCGGUGCGGGACGCCACACUCGCCACGGCGCGGUCCGCGCGAUUCGGAGCCCACACGUGGGAGAUACUGAGGAGAGCGGACAAAAACGACGAUGGGAAAUUGUCCUUUGAAGAAUUCAAGGCGUACUUCGCCGACGGCGUUCUGAGUGGAGAGGACCUGCACGAGCUGUUCCACGCCAUCGACACCCACAACACCAACAAUCUCGACACAGAAGAACUAUGUGAAUAUUUUUCUCAGCACUUGGGCGAGUAUGAAAAUGUACUAGCAGCACUUGAAGACCUGAAUCUCUCCAUCCUGAAGGCGAUGAGCAAGACAAAAAAAGACUACCAAGAGGCCUCCAGCUUGGAGCAGUUUGUAACUCGGUUUCUACUGAAGGAGACCUUGAGUCAGCUGCAGUCUCUGCAGAAUUCUCUGGAAUGUGCCAUGGAAACCACUGAGGAGCAAACCCGUCAGGAGAGGCGCGGGCCGAGCACUCCGGAGGUCCUGUCCACUCAGCGGCCGGGGAGGCGGUCCGGGCGCCGGGUCCAGAGGUUCGGCGGCUUCUCCCCCGGCGGCCCGCAGCUCGUGGCCAGCAGCCCAGGCUUCUUAGAAGAGGACAGCCGGUGGGCGACCCAGAUCGACAGACUCCAGAGGCUGAUCGACAGGCUGGAAAAGAAGGACCUCAAACUGGAACCACUGGAAGAAGAAGUUAUUGAAGAGAACACUAAAUCUCACAUCCUGCUUGUCCAGCGUCAGAUGGCGGUGGUGGAGGAGGACGCGCGGGACUUCCAGCUCGCGCUGAAGCACUACGCGGACGGCGCGGCCGCCCAGAGCGGGUGUUUGCGUAUUUCUAUACAGAAGCUUUCAAAUGAAUCUCGCUACAUGAUUUAUGAAUUCUGGGAGAAUAGUAAUCUGUGGAAUAGCCACCUUCAGACGAAUUACAGCAAGACGUUCCAAAGAAGUAAUGUGGAUUUCUUGGAAACUCCGGAACUCACAUCUACUAUGCUGGUUCCUGCUUCAUGGUGGAUCCUGAACAACAACUAGAUGUUCCCAGAGCAAGCCCAGUGCUCACCAGAAUGUGAAUGAGAAAAUGCUCUCUGUGCAUUUACUCUAGGGUGUGCAGUCUUCUUAAAUGUCUUCUAUGAUUUUUCCUUGUGAAUUUUAGCUAACGUUUCAAAGUUCACUAUUCUCAGUAUCUGCUGUUUUGCAACAGUGUAACCCAAAACCCUUUAGUCAUAAAAUUCUAAUAUGUGAAAAAGUAUACACUUAAAGGAACACAAUUGUGAAAAAACAUUUAAAGUGGGAACUUUUAGAAUACUACGUCAUAGAACAGAUUUGUCAAAAACUAUAAAGGUUAAAUCAGUGUUUGUGAUUUUUAAGUGACUGGUUUUCUUAGUGAAGUUUAUUCUCCAGUGAUGAAAACAUUUCUAACUCAUGACCCUGUGGCUAGUCACUUCAUGUCACUUAAGAAGUUAACACAGUCCCCAGCAUGACUGGUGUCCUUAUAUGCAGAUUCAGGUGUGCAAAGAAAAGGUCACGUGAGGACCACAAGCCAAGGAGAGAGGCCUCAGGGGAAACCAAGCCUGCCAGCACCUUGAUCUUGGACUUCUGGUCUCUAGAACUGUAAGCAAAUGUUUGUCGUUUAAGCUCAAAAAAAAGUUAACACAUAACUUUGCAUAAAACAACCUUGACUGUAACCUAUAGAAUUUCUAUCCAUCAGAUUAUAAACCAGUUUUUCACAAGUGAACAGUUCUGUCAUAGGGCACCCAUUUGUUAAUGUGACACCAUCAUAUAAUUUAUUAGCAUCAUAAUUUCCUGUAACGUAAAUCGAGAAAAGAAGAGUUUUACUUUGGAUCAAAUGCCAUAAAAUUUGAACCAGAGAGCUAACUUUUCUUAUGAAAAAGAUAUUUGUAUUUAACAAUUUCAAAAUACUUGAAAAACAAAAUUUUAACCUAAGUGAACAAAGAAUAUAGAACAAGCACAAAUUUCAGGGAAGUAAUAGAAGACAUCUAUUUUCCAGUUUCACUAGAAGAACUGUUAUACACUUUGCUGUACAAGCUCAUAAAUUAUUUUUAAUUGUGAAAUUUCUGAUGAUAAAUGCUGCUAAGUGAAAAUCACAGUGCAUAUAGAUAUGUUACUCUCUAGUCCAAGUUCUCUGAAACCACAGGUCUUCCAGGAAAAACAUUUUUCCUGGUUUUUUUUUUUUACUGUUAGAAACCUCAAGAAAAAAGGUCAAACUAAUUUUUAAAAGAUAAAAUUUUACCUACUUUCUCAAAUUUAUUUAUGGAAUAUUAACUUUUAUUAAUACUUUUGUAUACCCUCAGUCCUCAACCUAAAUUUUUUCAUAGGCUCUACUGGACAUAGGUAACAAAUUUUGACAUACACACGUGUGUGUUUUGGGUCACUUCUGAAGAUGAGAAACACUAUAAACAACACCUGGCUCAACUUUUAAUUUAUGUACAAAGCAAAGAACAGUGAUGGACAUGUACAUUGAUUAUGCACACUAUACAUAUGUACAAGGCAAAGAGAGAAUAAAACAGUCUUUGCAGUCUCAUUUUGACUGUAUAUAGUAGGAAAGGAUCAAAGACUGAGACCUAGGGGGCUUCUGACAUUCAAACUCUUCCCUAAAACACUGGUUAUAAAUGGUUUCAAAAAUACAAAUUACAGUGUAGUUCUGGCCAGAUCCUCUCAGUAUCGGAUUCAGAAUGUGCAGCCAGUCUCCCAAGUAGCAUGGUCCUGUGACUAAGAGAGCUCAGCCCUUAGUAACAGUGCCAUGUGGGAAGGCCUUCAGAUCCCAAAUUUGAACAGGAUCAAUUGUUUUUUAACUAGAAUCAAAAGACCUUGAGAAUAGGCAAAUAAUAAAGCAAACCAAUUUAAUUACAUGGCAAUUCUGACCCCAGCUCUUAUAGAAUAUAGAUGUAUUUUUGUGUGAGAGCAUGUCUGUGUGUGUGUAUCCACACACGCGACAAAACAAAAACAAAAACAAAAACAAAAACCCUGGCCCUAGGU